AUAAUAGAACUCCUUCCUGCAGUGACAGCAUGGAGAGCUGAGCUGUGAGCGGCGUGAGCGACUGAGAGCUGCUAAUCAUCUGCAGCAGUGGUUCCUCUAUUGUAACGGAUCACCGUGAUCAUCUGCAUAUUCCUCAACCUACAAUAGUCUUACGAUACUCAUGGCGAGUGAGCAGCACGUUGCGGCAGUGGGGACCAUACUGGUCAACCCCAAGCAGGACUUGACGACGCGAUUUAGAGCACUUUUUACGUUGCGUAAUCUUGGAGGACCUGAGGCUAUUAAAUGGAUCAGCGAGGCCUUCGUGGAUGAUUCUGCACUUCUGAAGCAUGAGCUGGCCUACUGCCUUGGUCAGAUGCAGGACGAGCGAGCAAUUCCCAUUCUGGAGACGGUGCUGAAAGAUACCAGGCAAGAGCCGAUGGUCAGGCAUGAAGCAGGUGAAGCUUUGGGAGCCAUCGGAAAUCCGAAAGUCUUAGAUUUGCUGAAGCAGUAUUCAGAGGAUCCAGUCAUUGAGGUGGCAGAGACGUGUCAGCUGGCUGUGAGGAGGUUGGAGUGGUUGAUGAAGGGUGGAGAUAAAAGCUCAGUGGAGGGCUUGGACAGUAACCCCUACAGCUCCGUGGACCCCGCACCCCCAGCCCAGAGGAAGAGUGUUCCUGAGCUGAGGAAAGAGCUGCUGGAUGAACAGCUGCCACUGUUUGAACGCUACCGAGCCAUGUUCGCCCUCAGAAACCUCGGCACAGAGGAGGCUGUGCUGGCUCUAGGAGAUGGCCUCCAGUGCAGCAGUGCCUUGUUCCGACAUGAGAUCGGCUACGUGCUGGGCCAGAUGCAGCACGAGGCCAGCAUCCCUCACCUGCGGGCCGCUUUAGAGAAGGAGGACGAGAACGCUAUGGUGCGGCACGAGUGCGCGGAGGCGCUAGGCUCCAUCGGCAGAGAUGCGUGUGUGCCCAUACUGCAGCAGUACCGACAGGACAGAGAGCGGGUGGUGAAGGAAAGCUGCGAAGUGGCUCUGGAUAUGCUGGAGUACGAGAACAGCUCGCAGUUUCAGUACGCAGACGGACUGCUCCGAGUGCACACUGCUGCUCAGUGACAGUGGGUUCUGCUUUCUCGGGAAACUUCAGCACAUUAACACGCUGUUGAUUUUCAAAGGUCCAGCAUGGACCAUUCUGGCCUCAGGCUCGGCACCUGGUUUCGUAUAAACUGUUGCUCACCAUCAGUCAGCUUCUUCAGAGGAAAUUCACAGUAAAUAAAUGUUUUAAAUCUA